AUGAAGCUCAAGGCAUGUCUUUUUACUUUGGCUUCGGUCACUGUCUCGUUAUCUAAACCUAUGCCUAGGCAAUCGACCUCAUUCGUGAAGGCUGAUGGUCAAUGCUUCACCCUCGAUGGUCAACCAUACACCGUUUUUGGCUCCAACUCCUACUGGGUUGGCUUGAGUGGUCUCACCACUGACGAGAUGCAUGUCACAUUCAAGGACAUUGCCGAAACAGGUGGGACUACUGUCAGAACAUGGGGCUUUAACGAAGUCACCUCCGCAAGCGGCGACUACUACCAGCUCUGGAACGGAAGCACAUCUAUCAUUAAUUGCGGUUCAACUGGUCUUGGGAACUUCGAUAAUGUUGUGGCUGCCGCCAAGGCAGAAAACAUUCGCCUCAUUGUUACGCUCACGAAUAACUGGUCUGACUAUGGCGGAAUGGACGUCUACGUUAACCAAAUUCUCGGCGAAGGCCAACCCCACGACUACUUCUACUCUAACCCCGAGGUCAUUGCCGCCUUCCAAAACUACGUGAAGGUGUGGGUUGAGAGGUACGCUGACGAGCCCACCAUCUUCGGCUGGGAGCUGGUAAAUGAGCCGCGUUGCACUGGCUCCACUAGCGCCACCUCAGGUAAUUGCACCACCACCACGAUCACGGACUGGGUCAAGACUAUGUCUGCUUACAUUAAGUCUCUCGACAGCAACCACCUGGUUGGCCUCGGAGACGAGGGCUGGUUCAACUGGUCCAACUCCACCGACUUUGCAUUCGAUGGUUCUCAGGGUAUCGACUUCGAUGCUAAUUUGGCCAUCGACACCAUUGACUUUGGAACUUUCCACCUAUACCCCUACAGCUGGGGCAAGGAAACCCCGAGCGCGAUGGUCUGGGGCCAGGAAUGGAUCGAAAAUCACCAUAAUGCUCAGGCCACCUGCAAUAAACCUGUGCUGAUGGAAGAGUUUGGUGUAUCUGCUGGCCAAAACCAGACCACGACCUACAAGAAUUGGUACUCCACCGUUAUCAAUGGCGGAUUGACAGGUGUACUAAUCUGGCAAGCUGGUUCAAACUUAACGAGUGGACCUACGCCCAACGACGGUUUCACGAUCUACCCCGAUACUCCCGUGUACUACUUGGAACAGCAGUAUUCGGCUCAACUCGGAGCCAGGAAUUAG